AUUAACAAUGAUAAAAAAAUUACAAAAUUAAAAAAAAAAAAUGAUACUACAAAUUAUGGAAAAAAUGUAAAAUCUGGCCAUCAACACACAACAAUAACACGGCAAGACAACCACCAUCAAACAAUGACAAACACUCAACUUUUAAGUAAGCGCUCAUUUCUAUCUGGAAGAGAAUUAGUUAUUGGGAAAAACAAAACAAACAUCUGUACUUCAUCACACUCAUUUGUAACCUCACUUGUUUUUUUUUUUUCUACCCACUUCAGACUCCACCGACCAUGAGACCCGCUCACCAUCAAAUUGCUUAUGAUGUCUCUGUUUGGGUUUCGCAUCAUUUGUGGGUUUUUUUUUUUUUUUUUUUUAAACUCCGUAUCCAAAAGGAGCAAGUAUGUAUUUUGUUUGCUUUUACAAUUUUUUAUACUUUUCUUCCUUAAUUAUUAUAACCCUUCUACCCCAUCUCUUCCCUCCCCCUGGACCUCCAGUUGCCUUUCUAUCUCUUCUGAUCAAUCUUAUUUUCUAUCUUAUUACUUUCUUAUGUUGUAUCCAACCUUAAAAGUCUAAAAAGUCUUAUAAGGUCCUAUGCACCCAUUAACUCCGCAAAUGUCAUGGAAUGUUUGAACUUUGUCCACUUAGACCAGGUCUCUUCAUAUUCCUCUAGACCGUCUAUGUCACUUAACCUUAAGAAUUCUAAAUUUUGAGUGGAAUUUAUUUUUUUGCACCAUUCUCUAAUGGAGGGACUUUCCCUAUCUUGCCAGUGACUGGCUAUCAGGCUUUUAGCAGCUUUUCUGAUAUUGUUUCAUAGGUAAUCUAAUCCUCUGAUGCAAGCAUCCCCAGGGAUCAUCUGGAAUCUCUGUGUCCGUUAUUUCGGUUAUUAAAUGUCUAAUCCUUCUCCAAUACCAUUGGAUUUUUGGACAUCGCCACCAUAUAUGAGCCAUAUCUCCGAUCUGUCUGCAUCCGCGCCAGCACAAUUCUGAGGCUUCUUUCUUAUAUUUGUGAGCAUUGUCUGGAGUAAUAUACCACCGCCUCAGACAUUUAUAAUUUAAUUCAAUUAUUUUACUGUUUGCUGACGAGGUAUGCACUCUUCUCCAUAUUUGUUUUAAUUCUAGAAUACUCAGAGAGGACCCCAAUUCCUCCUCCCACUUUUUAAUAUAUGGUGGAAUGUCUAAUUGCUCUACUUCUAUUACAUUUUUAUAGAUCUUAGAGAUAACUCCUUUCCCUGCUUCUCCUUCACUGAUUCUCUCGAGGGAACGUAGGUUUUAGGCAGAUCUACACGGCUGUGGGAGAGCCUCAAAAAAAUGUUUUAACUGGCCAUACCGCCAUUCGUUUAUCUCUAUUACCUCCCUUCUGUCCUUUAAUUCCUCAUAGGUAGUUCAUUUAUCUUGCGUCAUGACAUCUUUCAGCUGAGCAUUGUUUUUUCUAAUCCAUUUCCUAGAUAUCUUCUCUAACCCUGGUGCAAAAUAUUUUGAGUCUUUUAAUGGCAUUAAUGAUGGCUCCCAAGAUACAACCUAAAUCUGAAAUGAUUUCCAUUAUUCCACAACCUCGAGGGAACCGAGCUGUUAAAGCCAUCUUUCUUUUUAUUUUUGUAUGCCUUAUCAUUUUGUACUUUUAUGGAAGUAACAAUUACACUGGUAGUCAAGUUGUCUAUGGCAUGGCAAUUCAUUUCAUAAUCUCUCAAGCUUGGGAGUUUAUUGUCAGUCUCUCUGAAUUUUAUGAAGAGAUCACUCAUGUGCAUACCAGGUAUAAUGGAGAAGUCCUGAGAGCACUUAAAGCAAGCUUCUGUGUGAGAAACGUAUAUUUUUUCAUUUUUACCAGUGCUAUUUGCUAUAUCUUUUAUGAUGAAGAUCUGUUGCCGCGAUUCUCUUGUGUGAUUAACCUGGUUAUGCUGUUCCUAUGUAAUUUAUUGUGCAGACUUUUUGGACUUCAGGGCCCAACACCUGCAGCCAUUUCUGAAAUCACAGAAAAAAGACACCUGAAUGUUGCUCAUGGACUUGCAUGGUCCUAUUAUGUUGGCUACCUCAAAUUUGUUCUUCCAGCCUUAAAACACUCUGUGAAAAGAUUUAACAAAGAAAACAAUUUACUGAAAUCUUCUGACACUUUCAGUCUGCAUAUCUUGAUACCUUUAAGCUGCAAAAUAUAUGGGGACCUAAAGGAGAUAGAUGGAAAUAUCGAAUUUGUCAAGGAGAUCCCACCACUCUACAUUGAUCGCGCCGGUAUCAAGGAACGAGUUUUUAAAAACAAUGUCUAUCGGAUUCUGGAUGAAGAUCACAGGCCAUACUACUGUAUUGUGGAAUAUGCUACACCUUUAGCAUCCCUGUAUGAAAUGUCAGAUGUAGCGAGUGCUGCCUUCAGUAAAGAAGAUCGCAUUGAACAGGCCAAACUCUUUUGUCGCACUUUGGAGAACAUCCUUAAAAAUUCACUGCAAUGCCGAGAUGCUUUUCGAUUAGUCAUUUAUGAUGAUUGUACUAAAGGUGAAGAUCAUAGCGAGCACCUGCUUUCCCGGGAAAUACUGAAACAUUUAAAGCAACAACAUUUUGAAGAAUAUGACGUUGGUAUCAGAGCCUAAUGUUGUUGACUUCCCAUCAGUAAAGAAACAUAACACUUCACUCUCACCUACUGAUGUGUAAAACCCUUCAAUGGAUCUUUACAUUUUCAUAGCCAUGUAUGUAAAUUUUAGUACUUUAAGCUAGAUACCUGUUUUUUACCCUGCUUUUAACAUUCUAAAAACAGAUAUAAUCUCACAAUUGCCACCAUUAAUAUUUUAUUUCAGUAAUGCUCAUAUAGUGUUCAUCCAUUCCCCUUACAUAGUUCCCUUUAGCCUGUCACAACUUAAAAACUCUUAUAUAUUGUGACAAGGAUUGCCAACCCCUUUGAUUUACUUUACAUACAAAACUUGGAAAAUUUACUGAGAUGGAACAUUUUUACUGAUCACCUCCUUUUAAAACCAAAAACAAUCAAUAUUUAUGCAGUAUAAACAGUUUAAAGUUAAAAAAAAAUAUCCCCAAGAAAUAAACUGCCUUACUCUAUAAAUAAAUAGUUCAAUCAGCACUUGUAAAACUGAGCAUGGCUAAAUUAGCAAAGCCUAAGGUGAAUGUAUAAUUGGCAUAGUAAAAUAAUGUGAUUAUGGCAGAGUUAUAACCCACUUUUACCAUGCUUAUUUCAAAAGACCACUGACGACACGCAAAAGAUUCUUAAAGUUGACCAAGAUGUUGGAAGUGAGGCCAAUGAUGUGUUACAACCACCAGCAUACACAUGCUUUAGGUGUUGUUGGACGGGGACAGAGUUCCCUUCCCCCAGCCAUUCAUUACAUAGGGGAGACAGCAUUUUGCAGUCAUAUGACCACAUUUAAAAACAAGGAAAAGGGGUAAUGAAUUUGUGACUUAUGUAUGAAUGGCAAAGGGUGGCAGUGGAACAGUUAAAAGUAAAAAAAUGUCUACAAGAAGUAAAGUGCCUUACUCCCCUAUGAUUCAUUGGUGUUCAGUUAAAAACUUGCCUCUUGAUUUAUAUGUAUUUAGUGGGAGAAAUGCUUCUUCAUUCAUUGGUGUUUAGUGAGAAGUGACACUUAAUUCAUUGAUGCCCAGGGAGUUUUUACUACAGUGCCAAGCAAAACACAAUGGGGGUCAUUUACUAUAGCGCCGCAACGCUAAAUUAAAGCAAAUUAUUGCUAAUUAGUGCUAAAACAGUAUUCACUAUAGUGCUGGUAAUAAAAAUACUCCCAAAAUCAUGUGUACACAAGUUCAUCGGACAAAACUCCAAAGUACAAACACGCAUGCUCAGAAGCAAUGCUCACCAUAA